UGCUAUCGAAUUAUCGAUUGUUAGGCAUUCGGCUUUUUUUGUUUAUAUUUGCUUGUUGGCAUUUUCAGUUCUAAGAACAAAUGAUUUAAGCGUUAGUUAUUUGAACUAAACAAUGCCAGUGACUAGGCAAUCAAAUUAACUGUCAUAUCUGAGCUGAAGGAGGACUAGGACCAAAAAUGGCCUUCCUGGGCGACUGUGUAAUCGUGUUCGUGUCGCAGAUGGUAUUCUUCGCCGGCGGCUGGCUGUUUUUCAACAAAGAACUCUUUAAGCACUACGAGAUACGUCACAUAUCCGUUCAGUUAAUAUUUUCAUCCACAUUCGCCUUGUCCAUAACUAUGUUCGAGUUGAUAAUAUUCGAAAUUAUCGGCGUUCUUGAGUCCAGUUCGAGGUACUUCCAUUGGAGACUGGGUCUAACGUUGCUACUCUUUAUGACGACGGCUGUGAUACCCAUUUACAUAUGUUACUCUGUGAUACACAGCAUUUCCUUCUUUUCCGAUAGGUGGGUCCGAAUUCUGACCACAUUCAGUUGGUUCGUAUUUCUCUAUGGACUCUGGAGAAUUGGAGAACCAUUUCCGUUGCUUAGCGCCUCCCAUGGCAUCUUUACGAUCGAACAAGGCGUUUCCCGGAUUAGUGUGAUUGGGGUAACCGUAAUGGCCAUUCUCUCGGGGUUUGGUGCCGUCAACUAUCCAUACACAAGCAUGGCCUACUUCAUCAAGCCAGUGUCACGAAAUGACAUCAUCUGCUUCGAGCGCCGUUUGGCCUUAACGGUAGACAUGCUGACGGCCAAGAAGAGGAGGAUUGCCUUAGCCGUUUAUAAUCACAAUAAACUGCAUCCUGCCAAACCCAGAAUUUGGGAUAUGCUAACCUCUGCGGUUCAACGCAAUACAGGAAAUGGCGAAGAUAUCAAUCAACUAAAACAGGAAGUUUACGGCUUAGAGGAGUUAUUGCGCUCUGUUUUCUUGGAACUAAGUUCAUUGAAAAACAUGGAAGAACGCCAAAGAUGGUCUCAAACAUUGAAAGGAAAAUACUUUAAUGUUUUGGGUCACUUUUUUAGUGUAUACUGUGUGUAUAAGAUUUUUAUGUGUUGCAUCAACAUUAUAUUUGAUAGAGUGGGACGGAAGGAUCCAGUGACCCGCGGCCUAGAGAUUGCAAUUCACUGGUGCGGAUUCGACAUAGACUUUGCCUUUUGGAACCAGCAUAUAUCGUUUCUCCUUGUCGGAUGCAUAGUGGUUACCUCGAUAAGAGGGUUGUUGCUAACGCUCACAAAGUUCUUCUACCGCAUUUCAUCGAGUAAAUCGAGCAACAUCAUUGUUUUGAUCUUAGGUCAGAUCAUGGGCAUGUACUUCUGUUCUUCAGUGCUGCUUAUGCGCAUGAACAUGCCAGCCGAAUAUCGGGUGAUUAUCACUGAAGUUCUGGGCAAUCUGCACUUUAACUUUUACCAUCGUUGGUUCGACGUCAUAUUCCUGGUCAGCGCAUUGACCACCAUCAUCGUUUUGUAUCUGUCUCGCAAGCCAGUUCGCGUAGACGAUUCCGAUCUGCACUGAUUCAAGCUUAGGCGCUUGGAAGAGCUUCACAGCUAUUUUAAUAGGAUAAGCUGAAUUGAUUUAUGUCAGUUAGCAAAAUUUUUGCAAGCUUUAAGUUAUGUAAAUCUUUGUAUAUACCAGCGUGUAUGUAAUGCUGUAAGGCAUAUAACUAUAUAUCGAUGCACAAAAAAUCAAAGUUACAAUUUUUGUUAAAGUAAAAUAAAGCAAAGAACUUUUUAUACCCUUGCGAGGGUAUUAUAAUUUCAUUCA